CUAGAGAGCCUGCUCGCAGGCCAGUGGGCGAGAGUGCCUAUUAAAAAUUUAAUAUGGCGGCCAAAUUGAAAUUAUUUUUAUUAAAAAGUUAAAUGGUAAUACAGGUAUAUCUGUACAUAUAGUUUAUCAUUGUUCAUUUAUCUGCACUUCAUGGCUGGGAUGGUGAGUUGUGUACGUGUUACUGUUUAUAAUACUUGUAUGUUAUAAUAUUAAUGCAGGUUUUAUUCUACAUUUCUACUGCCAUCAUUGUGCCAUGCAAGUCAGCAAGUGCAACCAGGGUGCAUUCCAUGUAAACUCUACGCCGGAGAUACGCCAACAUUUACGAUCCUUUACGCCAAUUUCUCAAUCUUGGGGACUUAAAUCCAUGUUUUGAAAAUAGCUAAUAUGGUGUGUUCUUAAUAUGUACUGCAUGUCAACAUCAUAUUGGUGUAGUAUGUUAUACUGUCAAUUUGCAUGUGGCCAUGAAAUCAGGCACAAACUAAUCACUUGUUUUCAAGUGAUCUCACACCAUUACGCCAACAACAUAUAUAUAAUUUGUUAUCUUAAAAUGUAUUAAUCUAUCGCUACUUUAAGUUUCAUGUCACUAUUUGUGACAAUCUUCAGGCCAACGAUUAAUUAUGGAUCAGGCCUGGCCGUUUGAGGCGCGCGCCUUGACUCCUUAAGACGCACCUUUUAACGCGCGCCUCGUUUGUUUUAAGAGUAUGAAAUCGCGCGUCUGGUUUUUUAUUUAAACUCGCCAUUUAGACUAGUUAUAAAAGAAUGACUGAUUUAUAGGGAUGAGCCGAUAAGGAAAAUUGCCGAUUACUGAGGCCGAUUAUUUAUAAGCCGAUUAUUGUAACUAAUCAGCCGAUUAUCGGUGGGUACCGAUUAUUUUAAAAAGGUGUGGUAUAAUCGGUGGGUACCGAUUAUUUUAAAAAGCAAGUGAAAAAUCACAAGAUGACCAACAAUGAAGUUGUAAAUGCAGUUUUAUUGUUUACAAUACACACUUUGAACAAUUAAAAACAGUUUCAGUCUCUCAUGUCAAUAGUCAAAAUUUAGUUUUGGCAGAUUAUGGUGUAAAAACAAGGCACUGUCAGCUACGCGGAGCUAGUCUGCUGUGUUUUUUUAGUGGAAAUGUUCCCAGCUUCACUUCACUUGAGACAAAAGACACAGGUUUUGCAACAAAAUGUGAAAAUCUAUUCGCUUGUAUUCAGUAUUUUAGUAUGUGAUUGGCAGCUGCAGAAAAAGUCUUAUGGCCGAUUAUUUGCUGAUUAUCAGCCAAUAAUCGGCUGAUUACCGAUUAUUUAAAAAAUGGCCGAUUAAUCGGCUUUGCCGAUUAUUUAUUGAUUAAUCGGCUCAUCCCUACUGAUUUAUGCUGAUCAAAGGAAAUGAUAACUGCUGGUCGGCAAAGGAGCGUAAGGAGAUUCUUCAACGUGCAUUAGAAUUUUACAUGGAGAAAAGACGCAAAGUCAAACUCGAUAGCAACACCAUGGAUGAAGAAACUCCAUUAAAAAAAGCGUAUAAUUGAGAAAGACAUCAUAACCAUUGACGAUAACGAUGAUUCGUCAAGCUCGUCGGAAAUCGAGUCGUAGGACUGUGAUGUUGACAUUUUCAUUGAUGUUUAAAGUACGAUGACUUUGAAAACAUUGUAAAUACACAUACUCACUGGUACAAACAUUUUAUAUAGUACCUAUACUAAUUUUCGUCUAAACUCAGUUUUGUGAAUGUUAUUCUAAUCUGUGUAAGCGUAAUUUUUACCGGUUUUUAAAUCGCACGUCUGACGUUAAUAUGGCGCGCGAUAUGCAGCGCGCCUGCCCAAAUACUUACGGCCAGGCCUGAUGGAUGGAUUAUGGCCUGAAGAUUGUUGCAAAUAGUGACAUGAAACUUAAAGUAGCAAUAGAUUAAUACAUUUUAAGAUAACAAAUUAAUUUGCUCUGCUAAAUAUUUGUAGUAUUGAGCACUCUUUUACCUAUAACGAAAAACAAAACUGUAUAUACCACAUUUAUGCUCUUGUAUUAAACCCCAUUCCAAAGGUAAUGAUCAAGACUAAUGAAAAUGCCAGUAAGUUAUAUGAACACUAGUAGUUGCAGAACUUGCAUGACAAUUAUUUUAUUUAUUUAUUUAUUUUUUCCCCCUAUGUAUGUACAGCUUUGUUAAUAUUUACAAAUAUUUUCUAAUAUUUAAUAUUAUUGGGCUAGGGACCUACUAGAAACUCUAACAAGCUUUUUAAUUUAGGCCCCUAGUUAUAGUUCAUUGUUAUCUAUUAAUUAAUAUAUAAUUAAUUAAUUUUACAGUAAAAUCAGAAAAACAAUUAUCUUAGAGUGUAUUGUUUACAAAAGGAAGGAAAGAACUAUAAAGCAAAAUAAUUACAGUACAAAUAUACGUCAUAUAUAAAGGCAUAUUGACACUAGUAUUUAUCACUAUAUAAUAUUUAUUUAUUUUAUUUAUUUAUUAUUCACCCAAAUCACAUCAAAAUUAACAAUUAAGAUAGAAAAUAUUUACAAAUAGUAGAGCUAGGAACCUUCUAGAAACCAAAAGGCUUUUGUUUACGGUCCCUGUAGUCACAAUUUAAAUUAAUAUAAUAUUAAAGUUAGUAGUUCAAUUGUUUUCGAAGUAAUUAUGACAAUAUAUAUACAAUAAGGAGAUUGUAUAAAGAUAUAAUAGAUUAAAGUAUAACAAUUACUUGUCCUUCUAUGUGGCAUGAUGAAUUCUAAGUAGAAUUCAUCAUGCCACAUAGUACUUAUGAAUUCUAAUUACAAAUUCUAAUUUGACUGAAGAAGAUAUUUUUUCAUUGUUAAUUUAAUUUGCUUAUAUUGCGCUGGAAGAUUAUUCCAAACAUGUAAGUAGAAUGAAAAAAUAAUAUGUAAGUAGAAUGCAUAAUUUGGAAUUUGAAUCCUAUUUCUAAUUCAGUAAAUAAUGCUGUUUAACUUGUUUUUUGAAAGCAGUGCAAGAGUUUAUAUCUUUGAUAUUUGAUUCUAGUAAGUUCCAUACAUCAGCACCGUUGUUAGAAAGAGUAUGCUUUGCAUAGUUUGUUCUUUUAUAUUGCUUGUAAAGUUUGGAUGCGUUUCUCGUGUUAUGCUGAUGAAUUUGAUUACUACUCACAAAAAAAUUAUCAAAUUCUUCAGGUAGAUUUUUAAGAUGGUGAUAUCGAAACAUAAACAUGGCCAGUGGCGGAAAUCUUAGUGGGGCGCCCCCCACCUUGAGAAAUUUUGGAAGUUUUAUUUAUUUAUUUAUUUAUUUAUUUAUUAACUUUACAACCAUACAUAAAAUAGACUAAAACACUACAUAAUAUGGUUGAAGGUAUGGUCAACAGGACAUGAAUAGCCCCAUAUGAAGACCAACCUUAAUGAAAACAAACUAUAACAAACAUAAAUCAAAGACGAUAACAAAUAUAAAAUUUACAGAAAACAUGACGAAUUACGAACAACAGCUUAAGUUGAAAGAGCGGCACUUAGAACAGAAGGUUUUCCAAGUGCGCAUUCUGUUUACAUAGAAAGAUGAAUGAAGUAGAGAAGAGUAAUGAACAGUUAGUCUGUUUUUAAAGGAGGAAACGGAUGAACUAUUACGAAUGGUGGGAGAGAGAUUAUUCCAGAGAAAGACAAUUCGGUUGAAAAAAGAGUUCCUAAAGAGAGAAGUCCUACAAUGAUUGACACGAAGCAAGUUGUCCGAACUUGAACGGGUGUGAGACGAGCUGUUUGAAGAAAAAGUGACGAAAGAGGAGAUAUCUAGGUCGAAGAGACCGUGCUUACAUUUAAAAAAGAAGACGAGAUCCUUUAGUUCUAUCCAGUAGGAUAUUGGUAAUAAAUUAAGCUUUUUAAGGCGUUCAGGAUAUGGCAACUCAUAAUCCUGAAGGAUAAAUUUACUAGCUCGUCUUUGAACACCCUCGAUGAUCGCAAGAUCACGUGACGAUCCUUGAGGUGCCCAGAUCUCACUACCAUAUGACAGAUGAGAUCGGACGAGAGCUAGAUAAAGAAGCCUACGGCUGCGAAUAUCAGACAUUUGCGUACAAUUCCUACGAAGAAAACCAAGCAUACGAUUGGCUUUUGCAGUGCAGCUGGCGAUGUGAGGGGACCACUUUAGGUCAUUGCUGAUAACAACACCCAAGUCUACUUGGUUAGCUAUGCUCUUAACCGGAUCGUUGUUAAGAAAGUAGCAAUGAGUUGGAGGGUUACGUUUGCGAGAUAUCCUAAGCAGGAGCGUCUUCGAGACAUUAAAUUUCAUUUUCCAGUUAAGUGACCAGUUGGACAUAGCGUCCAGGUCAAGCUGAAGGAGACCACGAUGAACUGGUGAUCGUAUAGCACGAUAACACUUGCUGUCAUAACACUUGCUGAACAUGGCAGUUAAAUAGUCAUUAAUUUUGACCUAAAAGAGGGCUAAAAACAGUCUUUUUGAGUGCAAAUGGGGGGGGGGGGGUUGUCGGAAAUUUGAAAAUUUUGCCGGAAAUUUUGGGGCUUUGCCCCCCCCCCCCCCACCGGAGAAAGUGAAUUUCCGCCACUGAACAUGGCAGUCAAAUAGUCAUUAAUUUUAAAGAUAUCUAAGAUGUUUAAUUCUUUAAAAAUCGGCUCAGUGUGCCAUAUAUACGACUUAAACGUCAUCAACCGUCAGGCCUUAAAAUAUCGGUCGGUCACGAACAUUGUCCGACCCAUUCCAUUCGUGAAAUUGUCCGACGUAGAGAGGAAGCCACCGGACAUUCUGUCCGACAUAAGUGAAACUGGGGUUUACUGUUUGUCCCACCCGAGUGUAUUAGUGUCCGACCGAACUGUAGCUUUGUCCAACGUAAAUCAAUCCGCAGUAAGGCUCGCAUGGUAAAUGCGGGACAAUUGAGUAUUGUAUAAAAAGUAAACUGCAUGGAAAUGUUGUUUUAACGUAGGCUGAUCGAGCGCGGGGCGGCGACGUGCUAGCGAAAUGGUGAAGUGGAAAACGGGCUUAAAUUGUCGAAGUCGUACUGCUGUAAUUGGCAAGCAAGUUAAUUUUGGCUUGGAAAUAAGUAUGAAUGACUCAAAUUAUUUAAUAUCUUCACAGCAUUUACCGUUUAGAAUUAAUAGUUUAAUACAUUGUGCUGAUAUUCAUUUGUGUCAUUUAGACUUAUUCCCGAGUCAAAAUUGAACUGAAGGUCAUCGGACAUAUGUCCGACCCAAACUCAACGUCAUCGGACAUUUUGUCAGACGGCCCUGUAAAAGAUAUUUUAAGGCCUGUCAACCGUACAAUUUUUUUUUGAAUAUUCAUUAUUUUUUGAAUCCGAGUUUUGUAGGUGUUACCCCAAAUUAAGUUUCCGUAAAUAAGGUAUGGAUAGACCAACGCAUACUGUAGUAUAUCAGCUUAAUUCCAUUUCUAUUUACGAAAUGACACAUUUUUGAUAUUAUGCCAGAGGCUCUAAUAAUUUUCCUUGCUACUUUAGCUAUAUGAUUAUUCCAGGUCAAACAUUCAUCAAUAAUUAUACCAAGAAAGUUUGUACUUUUAACUUGUUCCAUAUUUUUAUCAUUUAUGGCAAUUUUAACGUCAUAUUUUUGUUUUUUAUUGGAAGAUCUGAACAGAAUAAAUUUAGUUUUUUUAGGGAUAAUUUAUUAACAUUCAGCCAUUCGGCUACUUUAUUCAUUUCUGUUUGCAUAAUUUCAUUAAUUGUUUUAAUAAAUUUGAUAAUGAUAAUGAUAAUAAUAUUUUAUUGAGGGAAUUCAUUCAUCCCAAGAUGCUUUUCAAUGAAGCCCUCACCACAAAUACAAUAUUAUACAUAUAUGAAUAUCUGUAAGAAAACUAUCCUAAGUUAUAAUACUAUUAAAAAAAGUUAAAAAUAUGCUAAACUUAAAUGGUAAAAUGUUAAGAGAGAAGUUUUCUUUUAAAAAUAUUAAAAUUAGCUAUAUUCUUAAUGUCAUUAUCUAAGUCAUUCCAAUCCUUCGCUGCCUGAUAUAUAAAGCGUUGUUUUCCCCAUUCUGUUUUAACUUUUGGAAGAUAAAGGUUGGCACUCCGACGAGUGGAGUAACUAUGGCGGUUGCAGUUCUGAAUCAGUAUUAAUUCUGUGUCCAUAGUGCCAUGAAGGCACUUAUGAAUUGCAAUGCAACGAUGUUGUUGACGUCUUGUAUUUAGUUCUACCCAAUUUAAUUUCUGAAGGGCAUCAGUAGCCGAGUGUGUGGGUGGUAAUCCCAGUAUGACCUUUGCGGCCUAGUUUUGCAAAAUUUGUAUAAAUCAUCCAUCAGAACUUUGUUGUUUUUAUCCCCCCAAACCAAUGUUACUAUAAAAUAUAUUAGUAUCAUCUGUAAAUAAUACAAAUGAAAGUAGUUUACUGCAAUUUUCAAUGUCAUUCAUAUAUAGUAAAAAUAGAAUAGGUCCACGAAUUGAUCCUUGUGGGACUCCAGUUUGAAUUAACAUUUCUUUUGACCUAACUUGAUUAUAUUUGACAAUUUGCUUUCUGUUGGUCAAAUAGUUUUGAAACCAUAGUUGAGUUACUCCCCGUAUACCAUAGUGUUCUAGUUUUUGUAUCAGAAUCCUGUGAUUAAUUGUAUCAAAUGCCUUUGAUAAGUCUAGGAAUAUACCAAUUAUGAAUUCUCCAUUAUCUAUUGCUUUAGUAAGUUUGUUGGUAAGUUCAAUUAUUGCAAGUUCGGUGGAUCUAUUCUCUCUGAAACCAUAUUGAUGGUGCGUCAACAUUCUAUUUUUUUCGAUAAAUUUAAUUAAUCUCUUAUACAUGAGUUUUUCUAAUAAUUUUGAAAAAACAAGUGAGAACAGAUAUGGGUCGAUAAUUUUUAAAUUCAUUGUUUUCGUUUGCUUUGAAAACUGGUGUGAUUAAUGCUGUAUAAAAGUUAAAUUGAAAAUAUAUGAAAGAGGUUCCGAAAUUACAUUAGUAACAUUCCUGAUAACUUUUACACUUAAGCCAUCGUACUCAGGACUCUUUGGGAUUUAAGUUUCUGAUUUUAGUCUCUAAUUCGUAUUUAGUUAUGGGCUGGAGAAAAAAGCUAUCUUUAUAACUACCAGUUAGAUAUUGAUUAUAAGUUCUGUCACUUUUUUGGAGUUUUUUGGCUACGUUUGAUCCAACAUUCACAAAAUAUUCAUUGAACUUGUUUGCUAAUGUUUGUGGAUCACUAAUCUUUCCUUCUGAAUUAAUUGCAGUAAAUUCAUUCGGUAAACUUCUAUUUUUCUCAUGUUUGUUCAUAAUUUAGUUUAAUGUUUUCCAUAGCAUUUCUGUAUCGUAUUCGUAUUUUAUUAGUUGUUCUUCGUAGUAUUUCUUUUUUGCUGCUUUUAUUACGUGGUUAAGCUUAUUUUUGUAUUGUUUGUAUUUGUUUUCAUUCUUUAUUGUAGGAUGAUUUAAGUAUUUUUUAUAUAGCUUGUUUUUCUUCGUGAUAGACUUGGCAAUGCAAUUUGUUAUCCAUGGACUUUUGUUUUUGUCAAUAUUUUUUUACCUUCUUUUUUGUCAGUGGAAAACUUCUUUCAUAGACAGUUGAAAAUAUGUCAAAGAAUCUAUUAUAGGACUCAGUUUUGUCAUUGCUUGAAAGAACAUUUUCCCAUGACGUACUUUUGAUUGUGUCAGUGAAUGUUUUAAUAUUGGAAUCAUUGAUAUUUCUUUUAAAUGUAUACUCUUUUGCUGGCCUGAUCUUUUGAUUAGACUUUAAAUUAGAUCUCAUGUAUACACACAUAAUUUAGUGGUGCACAUCAUGUGCAAAUAGACAAGCAUGUCGAUUUCCAUGUGCAAAGCUAUUCUUGGACGUUAAAUCUCUGGUCUUGUUUGCCAUAAUUCUCAUUUAACUUGCACCAAAAUGGCAGAACUCCUAUCAUGUCGCAGUGCUAUUUACUGUACAGUAGGUCAUAUUAGUUUUAGUGGUUGCAUCAUAGCACUAUUUCAAGCAAUUUCCAAAAAACAUUUUGAUGUGCACAUGCAAUGAAUACGAAAACAAAAUUGUGUGUGCACUCGCUAUGUGAGCUGGAAACUGGAGUGUUUGUAUAAUUUUGCAUUUUUUGCAUAUGAAUUGAUUUAUUUCACAAGGUGCCUACAACCGAUCUCGUUUGCUGCGUCCCGAUAUCGUUCACUUUCAUUAAGCAUGUCUUGGAACUGAAAUAUUUUUAUGGGAACUAACACUUUCAAGCACGCGGAGUUCGAAUCCGAAAACUUCCCGCGCCGUAGACCCACAGUUUUCUCACAAAAUGCUAUUUUAUCUUCGCUAAUUUCACAACAAAUGUUUUCAUUGUUCAACGACACGGAUCGAUGACGCCACACGAUUAUAUCACUCAAAACAACCAAUUUCUAUUAAGCAGUCUUCCUUUUAACAAAAGACCGGUUUUGCUCAAAUUAUUUUGAAUUAUGUAAUUUUAUGCGUGUUGCACGUAAACAACAUAUCUUGUCUACAACUUUGAGAAGGUACAGAUAACGCCUUCUAAAAUCCUCAGUUCCAGCGAUAUCUCUGUAAAAUCAGACGUUAAUGCUAAGUCUUUUGGCUAUAUCACUGACCUGAAAAAUAACUAAUUUAACACGAUCAACUAGGUAUUUAAAACAAAAGUAAUGCGAAGCCAACGUAACGGCAAAGACAACGCUAAAAUGAAAUAUUGUCGAUUGGUUGCUAGUAGAAGACUUGAAUGAAUCUUAAGGAUGAAUCUUAAAUAACCUUAAACUAGAAGAAUAAAUGUUCACAUCAAAGACAAAGAUCAGUGCCCAUGCAGGUAUAAAAUCUGCUCUGUAAACGUACGACGAAGUGGAGAAAUGUAUGCAUAAGCUGUUUAUUUGGUGAUUUCAACGUACAGUAUAUGGCAGCCCUGUUUCCAAUAAUAUUCGCUUAUCGCACAGAAUAACACCAACUGAUAUAAUAGUUCAAAUGCAAUGAUAAGUUACAUCUUGAACUGCAUCUCAAAAACUGUGUUGGGAAUGGAAAUGCUGACCCAUUCGAUAAGAUUACCGUUUUACAUCGCUGUAUAAAACAUUUUGAUCGCAUGUAAGGAUCAUCAUUUCUCAUCCCAGAGAUAUAGCCAACGACUUAACAUUGACGUCCUUGUGAUUUUAUAGAGAUACAGCCUUGAGAACUGAGGAUUUUACAAAGCGAUAUCGGUACCUUCCCAAAGUUAUGAUAUGUUGUUUACGUCCAACACGCUUAAAAUUACAUAAUUCAAAAUAAUUCGAGAAAAACCGGUCUUUUGUUCAAUGUAGAGACUGGUUCAUAGGAAUUAGUUAUUUUGAGUUAUGCAAUCGUGUGUCUUCAUCCAUCCGUGUCGUUGAACAAUGAAAAAAUUUGUUGUGAAAUUAGCGAAGAUAAAAUAGCAGUUUGUGAGAAAACAGUGGGUCUACGGUGCGGGAAGUUUUCAGAUUUGAACUCAGCGUGUUCGAAAGUGUUAGUUCCCAUAAAAAUAUUUCAGUUCCAAGACAUGCUUAAUGAAAAUCGUUUUCUAGGCACUUUUCGAGAUCACAGCAAACGGCCUACAACAGUUCCAUGCAUGUUGUGUUGAAUAUGAUACAGUACUGCUCAGAAAUAACCUAACAAUGCGUUCGCAUUCCAUUUGCCAUGCACUUGGAAACGCGUUCCCCACUUUGGUUAAAAACCGCAUUCUCGCAUCGGAAAAUCCCGACACCGAAUGAAAUGUGAGUUACUGUAGGCUACUUUUCAGCCGGCGAUUUGACCAUAUACACACAGGCUGAAAAUAGCUCUGACUAAAACUCUGCCAGCUUAAACUGCUGAUGAAUAUUCCUGCCCAUGGCCUCAUGUAAAUUGUGAUCAACUUCGCUGAAACACAUAUCUUACAGCAACUUGCUAUUAUAAUAGUUUUAUUUCAAAUUGUCGGCUGGUAUUGUUUUUUGCACAACUAUCAGGAGUGCACAUUCAAAAAAAAUUUGGGGGUGUCCUACGUUCUAGGACUGUAAAUAUUUUAUAUAUUUGUAAAUAGGUAUUAUUGUCGAGCACUUCUAUCAUGAGCCCCUGGCUCGAGUGAUUGGUGUCUGUGUCAUUCGACAUUUUAUAUUAUUAAACUAUUCUAUUCUCUAUUCUAUUUUUGUUUGAUACGAAUUAUUAAGGUAAUUCCGCAGUUUUGCAUUGCACACUUUUACUGCGCACAUCUUAUAACUUAUAAUUUCAUCCAUUAUACGUACCGUUUAAAAAUAAUCAUUUUAUGACAAUUUUAUGUUACUUCAAAACAUCUUUGGUUACAUUCGUGCAAAGAAUUACGUUAAAAUCAAUAUUUUCAAAAAGGCAUACAAAAGUGUAGCUAGGGUUCCCUGUGUCUGUAGUAUAUUUAUUUACUUGUAUUUCACGUUUUAAUGCCACAAUUCCCUAAAAAGAUCGGUGACCCCCGUUUUUAACUGAUAAUUUAUUUCUUUAAUGCAUUUUACAUUUCAUAUCCGAAAUUAAAAGAAAAAUCAUUUCUGGAUCUUGAAAAAAAAUCCUUUAUCAAUGCAUGUUCUCAAAGAAAGAUAUGUAAGGAAAUGUGGAAAAGACAUUUGUGUAUCAGAAUUGUACACGUAGUAGUUUCAGUUUGCUCAAAACACAAUAUUUUGUCAAAAAUAAUUACAAGAUAGGUUUACUAAAGCAAAAUCCGCGCUAAAAACGUCAAUAAAUAUCGGGCUGUUGUGAUUUUGCUGUUACUCGUAAUGAACGUCAAGAUGGUGCCAUAUUGGGGUAAAGGUGGUAUAUUGUGAUUGUCAUAUCUUCUUAACGAGUUCGAUGACCCCUACCCUGGUUCCAGAGGUUUAUUUUUAUUAUUUUCAUUGCGGAGGGGAGAGGAAAAAUAAACCUCUGGUUGAAAGCGACAAUUGAUUCAUCGAGCCGCGCCAAUCAGUUUGAAUUAGGGUCAGAUCCUGACUCUGUCUCCUGAUUGGAUGAUUGUAUUAAAGCUCUCUGAUUGAUUCAAAUAUAACAUCUAUAACCAAUCAGUGAGCUUUAAUACAAUCAUCCAAUCAGGAGACAGAGUCAGGAUCUGACCCUAAUUCAAAUUGAUUGGCGCGGCUCGAUGAAUCAAUUGCCGCUUUCAACCAGAGGUUUAUUUUAAACCUCUGGAACCAGGGUAGAUGACCCCGACUUUUUUGUGUGAUUUUACUUUAAGUAUAUCAUAAACUCCAUGCCUGGGAAGUUUCAGCACAUUCUCAUUUCGGGAACAAUUACUGCGGAAUUACCUUAAGGCGUAAAUUGUGGAUAGACUCGUAGACGGGGAUAGUAUUCCAACAGUUUAAGUAAACGUUCAGUUUUUCAGAACUUCUGCUGUGGUCUAGACUUUCGGGGGUCCGAAAUUUUUAUGGAUUUCGAAUGUGAGCGAGCGCCAAAGGCACGAGGAAAAUUUUGAAUUUCUAGAUUCAUCAGAACGCUAUAUAUGUCACGUAUUUUAGGACGAGGUUUGAAGAAAAGUUACAACCACAAAAAGGCAUUUUUUAGGUCGCCUAAUUUUGUUAGAUCGAAAAAAUAUUUAUGUAAAACAUUGUACUGUACACGCAAAUACAACAGCAAGAGAUUAUUAAAAAAAGUCAUCAACUUUAGGGGUUAGGGUUAGGGUUAAGGUUAGGAUUAUGGUUAGGAUUAGGGUUAGGAUAAGGAUUAACGUUUGGAUUAGGAUUAUUGUAAUUGUAGACCAUUAUAACCCAAUACUUUAUUGCAUGCAUACAAUGGCAUUACAACGCCAAUAGAUUAUUGGUUACAACGUGCGGAACGGCUGGCGAAUUACCUCUUUCGUAAGCGAAUUCAGUAGAAUGUCAUUUGCCAAGUAUAUGUCUUGGGUCGAUUCUAUAAGUGCAUGCUUGUAAUAUGCAUUUGUUCCCUGAUAUUUAUAUAGCCCUGUGGUAAUUUCAGGGAGCUAGCUCCCUUUCAAAUCUUCUCCAAAAUUAGAAAACAAUUAGUCACAGAACACAAAAUAUAUUUUAAUACUAAUAAUAAUGUUAACAAAUAUAAAUAAUUUCUUUGUGUAUAUAUAAUUGCAAUUUGAAAGGAGCAAAUAAAUCUUGUCUUGAUCUCAACUUAUCUAUUCUGAUGAUGAAUUAUCCAAAAUAGUGAAAACAGUUUGCUGCCUAAAACUAUAUGACCCCAAUGGCAAUGAGUACGAUGAUGUUUUCCUUACUGGUGCACCGAGCCAUAUAAAAACGAUACUAUAUGCAGACAAAACGCGCAUACCCACCGACUAAUAAAUAAUAAACAAUCGCCCGCAUACGAUUGUUGAGUUAAGAUAGAAAAUGCUCCGCAAAACGUAAAAGUUAUACAAGGUUUUUCACAUUUUUUCCACUAGAAAACUGAACUCGCACUUUUGAAAGACUUUAAGAGUAUUGUCUAAAAUUAUGGAGCACUGUGAUAUUUUUGACCACCCUUGUCCUUGAUCCUCAUCAGAAACAAAUUUAGAAGCAUAUAUAUUGAAUACGAGCAAUAAUUCGCGUGUUGUUUUGAAACAUUUAUAUUAUACUCGUAAAGACAGUGGAACCUGCACGCUACGUGUACCUGAAAGAUAUCGUAUAAAGACAGUGGAACCCACGCGCUACAUACUGUAUACCCUAAAGAUAUGUAAUGGAAAAUAUAGUUUUCGCCUGUCCACGAAUAGCGAGACAGGAAACGACUUCUCGAGGUUUUAGAGGAUCCCCUCUUGAUCAAGUGGUUCUUUAUUUUUGUCUGUUUCAUUCGGCUUGAUCGUAAAGAAAUUAUUCUUUUUCUCGCAUAUUCCGAAAAUUUCCCUAUAGCCCUCCGGGCAUGUGAACACAAAAAGUGACGCCAAUUAAUACUUGAGAAGUCGCGAUAAAUUUCGACGAUGGCCAGUUUCAUUAUGAGUGUAACCGGAAUGCGUUCCACACAGUGGUUGACCAAGUUUUGCACACAUUUUUACCACUAAUCAGUACUUCUUUUACCAAACUUUUUGGCGAGCCUGGGGUGGAGGGAGGGGGGGGGGGAGGAGGUGGCGAGGAGGCCAAUAAAAUAUUUUCCGAACAUUACAUUCUCAUUUUCUUUCUGUUUAAGCUGGUUUAAGUUACAGUUAUUCACUCUUAUUUGGUUAACUUUUCCUUAUUUUUUCCUUAUUUUUUUCCUUAAUUUUCCCAAAGCAAAACAAGGAAGGUUGUAUGCAAAGUAUGUUGCUCAAUAUGUACUGUAAUUUGGUGUUCAUCGAACACCAGUACAUAUUGAGCAACAUAUCCACUUUUAUCUUUUUUAAUUUCGUUUAAAAAGUGACCAAUCAUUUUGAUAAAAUAUUUUUCCAUUUUUGACCAACUUUUCGAGCUUUUUUAAGUGUGGUGAUACUGCGACAAAACACUCAAAAUUGCAUUGUUGUCAAUGUGGUGACCAAAAAUGUCACAGUGUGCGGUGAUCGAUUGACGUGUGUUUUAUCUUGUGCUUGAAAUACUUCUAUAGGAGGUGGACACACUUGUUGCUACUUUGAUGUCCUUGGGUUUUGAUUUUGACGGAUGUCAGCAAGCCAUUGCAGAAGGAAAUUCAACUGUAGAAGCUGCUGUGGAAUGGCAAGUCUCAUUCAUCUUUCGCAUUAUAUAAAAGACAGAUUCGUGGACAUUGUUUUAAGAAUGCAGUAUGAAUAGAAUUAUCUUGAUGUGAAAGUUGAUUUCUACUAUUUAGUAAAACACGAGCAGGAGUAAAGACGACAUACGACCCUUAUGAGUUCAUUGGCAAAGUAAUUUUAAAAAUCAACAAUGUAAAUUAAGAGGCAAUUUUUUUCAAUGUCACGUAUUGGCGAUGAAAAGUGUUCAAAACCUAAAAUCUUUUUGGCGUUCCUCUCAAAAUUACUUUGUUUUAGCUUUAUUCUCUAGUUUAUAGAGUUAGCUACCUUUUUAAAUGCAUCUGCCGGUUGAGACACAUAAAAUAAUAGUUAGAAAUUGUCAAUUAAAAUACAAUUAUCAAUGAUCAAUUGACGCCAUAUAUUUACAGGCAUAAAAGCAAAACUUACUGAACUUCAGACAUCAUUUUCUCUUUGGCGUAUCAUCUAAAAUAUCUUCAUUUUGGCAUUAUUUUACAGAUAAAGCAGUAAUCAUACUUUUUAAGUUUGUUUGCCGAUUGAGAAACGUAUCGAAAAAUAAAAAUUUUGAAUUUAGUCAUAACCUCAAGCGAUAUAUUAUACGCAUUACGCCAUUAGUUUUGAGCGCGUGUUACGUAACAUACAAAAAAAUCUCCUCUUAAUAACAUAUUAACCUGAUCGCGUAUAUAACACCACGGAAACGGUAGUGAUUUCCUUUAUCUUUUCCUCAUGAAUUAUGAAUGCGUAAGUUAUUGGGUGCAGGUUACAGAACUGCAUUGUUUGGAGUUGAAAUAUUUUCACAUGUUUAGCAUAUCGUUCAUUUUUACAUUCAAAUUGAAAGACUGGGGAAAGGAUGUUUUUCAGUAGUGAUGUUUUAAAGAUUCCUUCCAGAUGGGAAAUCACAGUAAAUGUUGUAAAUUUCAUUGCCACUACAUUUACAUAUAUUAAAGGAUACCGAAUGGUUUUCGUGCAGGGAUGUCGCGAGACUUUCGGAAAGUGUAAAAAUACUCGAGCCACAGGCGAGUGUAUUUUUACGCUUUCCGAAAGUCGAGCAACAUCCCAAGUGCAUGAAUCACGCAAUCCUGCUUGGAAAACCAUUUGGUAAUUGUUUUAUAAAAUAGCUACAGUGAAACAAUGACAUUUUGAGAAUCCCGCGAAAAUCCCGCGAAGGCAUUUUAACUCGUCGUGCAGGAUAGCCUGAUCCUGCACGGCUAUUGACCAAUCAAAUUGCAUGUUUCACUGUAGUUAUUAUAUAAUACGUUUUACAUGUACAUGUAUUAUAUUUUUAUAUAUUUUUCAUUAGGUUGCUUAAUAGAGGCAACAGUAAAUCCAAGACUGUAGACAAAACCCAAGAUGUUAAAUCAACAAAGAAUAAUGAACCAUGUCACUCAUCAUCAACUAUUGAAGAUAAAGUAAGCAACAAAGAGAUUCCUUAAGAAAAUCCGGUAUAAAAUGCCGACGCGCGAACGAGAUCCAAAGUGUGAUGGGUAAACACCCAACACGAAAGAGUUACGUAACAAAACUAAAUUCGUUGACAGAGAAAACUCAGGGAAGACGAACCCUUUUGCUCCACCAUACUGUAGUUACAGUGUCGUGCUGGCUCCUCUUCGUCCGGGGAACCCACUUCGCCCAUCGAUCUAAAUUUCCCAAAAAAAUAUGUGUCGGGAGUGCAAACAAUUUUCGAACCAGUAUUGAAUAACAGUUAAAUACGCGUCGCCCUUUCCUGUACACAUUUCGGUGAUUUUUAAGUAGAAUUUAUAAUUUACCAUUUUUGUUUCAUUUCAUGCAGAUUUGGCGCCACCUGAAAGCUUUUGCACCCCGCAUUUGUCUGUUCAGUAAGUUGAUGCAGUUAUUUAAAGGGGCAGUACGAUCAAAAUUUAUUUUCUUAAAUGAAAGUGCUCGUAAAACUAUAUAGUAACUUGUUUUGAAGAUUUUUGUUCCCAUGCUUAGUUCUUGAGAUAUUUCUUUUGUUUGUAACCAUGUGAUGUCAUUUACUCAAUUACAUAUAUAAUGAGAUAUCAGUAAUUGUUGUGUAUCUUUGCUAUUUUUAUCAAAAUAUUUCGAAAAAUGCGGCGCGUUUGUUAAUUUAACCUACGUAUCAUUAAGCAUAUACUGUGUUUUUUAACAAAUCGAUCAAAAAUAGUAAAGAUACACAACAAUUACUGAUAUCUCAUUAUAUAUGUAAUUGAGUAAAUAACGUCACAUGGUUACAAACAAAAUGAAAUAUCUCAAGAACUAAGCAUGGGAACAAAAAUCUUCAAAACAAGUUAUUGUACAGUUUUACGAGCAUUUUCGUUUAAACUUUGGUUUAAGAGAAUAAAAAUUUUGAUCAUAUUGCCCCUUUAAAUGAUGCGUCAACUGCAGAAAUUGUUCCCUUGUUAGAAAAUGAAAAAAAUACUGCGUGCGUGCGUCAAGUUUGGACAGACAAACUGACCAGAAGCAGAAUACUAUUUUCCUCCUCAUAGCCAAUAUAGAACGUUAUUCAAUUCUUAAUAAAUACAGUGACUAAAAAGGAAUAACAUGCAACCUUUCUAUUCACAGAGUGAUGAACAUGUGGUAAGUCGAUAUGUGACUGAUGAAUCUCAGAAGAAAGCUCAGGAUGAAUUUGAACAAAAAAAACGAGAUAAUAUUCAACGUGAAGCUAAGAAACGACGGCUUAUUGAUAAGCAGGUAUGCAUUGUUUAAAACCAACGUGGAAAAAUUUAUUCAACGUGGAUAAAGCCAACGUGGAAAAAUUUAUUUAACGUACUGUUUUUGCUUGGUACUGCCUAUAGACUGCGUAGCUGGUAAUUUUAAGGGGGUUCGGGAGUUUUGAUUAAAAACAUCCGCUAUCUAUCUCAGGAAGGCGAAAAUUUCGCAAGCCAAGAUUCAAGAAGACCUUGAUGUGAAUUGAAGAUUUGUUAAUACUUGUUAGCGCUAUAACGCUAAACCAAAUGUUAGACGCGUUGAAAAAUGAUAGACUAUAUAAAUUUCGAGACGUUUUUUAAAUUAAAUGUUUUUAAGGCUUAUAGACCUUUCCCCUUAUAAGUGAAAUUUUGAUCUAGAUAUGCCUGGACAAAAAUUUCAUCACAGCUUGAAAGAGCAUCACAAAAUUAGUAAUAUUCCGAAGUUUCGUUCCGAAAUGUUGUAAAAUGCGGAUAAUAUAGCCUUGCGAAGUUUGCCGUUUUUCAGUCAUUUUGCAUUACAAACGGGAAAUUGAUAAUCAGAUGAUCAAACUGAUUAUCAAUUUCCAUUUGUAAUGCAAAAUGACUGAAAAACGGCAAACUUCGCAAGGCUAUAUUAUCCGCAUUUUACAACAUUUCGCAACGAAACAUUUCGAAACAAACUAAUUUUGUGAUGCUCUUUCAAGCUGUGAUGAACUUUUUGUCCAGACUUGUCUAGAUCAAAAUUUCACUCAAAAGGGGAAAGGUCUAUUCUCGUCACAUUUCUAGGUUCGUCAAGAAAUUUUACAACAAAUCAAAGAAGAUAGAGACAUUGCCAACAGUCGAAGACCAAGAGGAAAACAAGAGAAGCAAUCUGUUCUGGAACCUGAUGUCACCACAACAUCGCACGCAGGCACUUCAUCAGAUUUUACAAAGAAUAUAUGUAGAUUAAAGGUAAUUAAGGCGAUGGAGAUCCGGGCUGCGUAUUGAAAGCUUGCCAAAUAAAUAAACUUGGUGUUUUUCACGAAACCAAACAACAGACAAAGUUGGCUAACGUUUUUUUACAAAUACCCAAUAGACCUUAUGCAUAAUGACGUCACAAGGCUUGAUGUCCGCGAGGAAUGCUGGUCUUAGUAGUCAUCGCCCGGGAAAAUUAAACAAUUCAAAAUGGCCACUAUCGAAAAUUUCCCGGGCGAUGACUACUAAGACCAGCAUUCCUCGCGGGCAUCAAGCCUUGUGACGUCAAUAUGCAUAAGGUCUAUUCACAUCCGUUUAGAUAACUCACAUGCAUGCAUACUGCAUAGUUACUAUUGUUCUAGUUUACAGAAACAUGAAAUAGAACAAACUGGGUGACUAAGUUGUAGAAUUAUCUAUAUGAGCGAAUAUUCUUAUUCAUUAAUUCUAAUGCUUACAGUAGUUUUCUUUGUUGUAUUCUAUGCUUCUCUAAACUAGAAGAAUGGUAUCUAGGCAUGUCAGUUAUCUAAAGUUGUCAAUUAGCCUUUUUCACGAAGGCCAAAUUCGCCAUUUUUGGGGUACAUUUUUGUGAAAACAACGUGAAGAAUCUAAGCGAUGGGAAAACAUUUUUUCAAAUAUUUAACUGCAAAUCAAAUUAUACUCACAAUUAUAGUUAUACAAAUCCCUUAUUCACUGCGUACAAUCUCAGAUUUGGAGAAGGCAGUAGCCCAAAAUGGCGGCGUGAGAAAGGCUAAUUGGGUAGCAACGACUGUAAAUUUCAAGGAGUUGCGUCAACUCCAAACGAGUUACAAUUCUGUCACCAAAAACGGUGACAGAAUAAUUCUUUUGGAGUUGAUUCAACUCCUUGAAGUUGAUUCAACUCCUUUGAAAUUUACAGUGUUGAACAGGUUACAUAAUAGACAAAUUUGGCUAACGUUGUUUACAUGAAGGAACUUACAGUACAAAAGGUAGUACCUUAUUUCUAUAUAUAGCAGGCUGGAUAUAGUGGAGUUUUGAAAGUAUGUAAGAUGAAGUUUGAAACCUUUUCUGUUUGUACUUUACUUUAUUCAUUAUUUUGUUUAGAUUAGAUUGUCUAGUGGCAGAAACGUCACCGAAACAUGCGAAAGUUGUGAAACAUUACUUGAUGUUAUAACGAGAAUAAAGCAAACUUAUAAUGAGUCUGACCAUCUUGAUAUUGUUCAGGUAUUUGUACUAUACUACAUGCAUUUCUUUAUUAUAUUAUUAUAUCAGAUCAGUAUUUAUCUAUCGGCAUCAGUACUAACAGUAUUAGCGGUAUACGAAUUCGAUAUCCAGUCCAGCGUAUUCCAACCCUGUUGUUGAGAGCUACAAAACAGAAGUUGGCUGAAAUUUGGCUCGAAUUUUUAUAAUUGCUGAAAUUAUUGCCUAUAUCAUGCUUUCGUCGAUCGUUAUAACGAAACAUCGUUUCGCCAUUAAUUGAACGGAGUCUGGCGAUCUGUUUUCACAAGUGCUUGAUUUAUAACCACGUGGAACAUACAAUAUGCGCAUUUUUCUAGCCAUUUCCCCACAAGACGUUCACUGGUGACGAUCUUCAACAGUCUCUGAUGACACUUGGCCUUACUCCUGGUGGAUGUUUAGUGUUAAAGAAAAGUUCUAGUACUACAGGUACAGUAGUGCACUAUACUGUUGCAUCAAUCACUAUAUAGACAACGUACAGUAGGCGAGUUGUAUGGUUGAUUUAUACAGUACAAUUAGUUCUAAGCAGGUUGCAUGCGACAGGUUUAGGCAAAAGUUGUGUAGUGUAAAUCGAUCGUAUGAUGUGCAAGAUGAGCCUGGUGAAAAGGUAUAUAGCUUUUGUAUAAUUUUAGCGCUUAAAACUGAAAAUAUAGUAAAAUAAAAACUUUAAAAAUACAGUAUAGAUAAAAAGUUGGUACAUGUAAACUAUGGUAGGAAACAUGUACUGUACGUAGGAAACAGUGUUGUAAUAUAUCUUGUAUUGUAGGAACUCAUGCACUCAGUCACCGAAGUGACAGUUACGAUUUUUGGCCAAACUCGCCCCAUUCUUCACUGUGACAUAUACAGAAGCAUAAUAUAUAUGCAAUUUUUUUUAGAACCACUGAGUAUUUUAACAAAAUACAAAACAAGUGUAACUCCAAAGAUCGAUAACAUUUUUAUAUUUAUCAAUAAAUAUUUUUUGAUAAAUGUAAAAAUGUUAUCGAUCUUUGGAACGUUUUGAUUUUCUUAUGUUUAUUACGCUUAUGUUUAUUAUAUGCUCAUGCUUAUGUCGCAAUGAGAACGGUAUACCCAAGAUAUCCUUGAUCCUUUAACGUUUACGUCUACGCUUAUGCUAUCAUUAUAGGCGUAAAACAUAAUUAAUGUUUGUAUGUAUGUAUGCAAGGUGAACAAGGAGAAUAUGAACAUCACGGAGGAGAAGCUGUGAAGUCCCAAGGAAGACUGGAAGAUGUACAAGGACAAGAUGAUAUAGAAAGUGAUCCUGACAUUACUUUGCCUGGCCCGGAUCUCGCACGAUCUCAACAUAUUUGGGGUGCUGGUGUGACACAAGGCGGACAAAGAGAUGAAGGACGGGAGGAUAUACCUCAUGAAGGAGGGGAGGAUAUACCUCAUGAAGGAGAGGAGGAUAUACCUCAACAAGAUGAAAUAGAAGGUGGUAAUGACAUUGCUGUACCUGGCCAGGACAUCGCACGACAUCAACAUGUAUGGGGAGCUGGUGUAUCACUUGGCAGACAUCCUUAUAAUCCACAUGUAAUUGUUCCUAUUAUUCAUGCUGAAUCUGCAGCCGAAGCUGCUGAAGCUAGAUCAAGAACACAGACUGUGCAACAUCAAGGUAAUAAUACUACAAAGAAACGUUAUUACGUUAUAAUAAUAUUUUAACUAUAUUAAACUUUAUAACUUAUUUCUGUCUGUAUAGCUUUUAUGCGUGCGUUUUGCUAUAUACAGUACAGUAGUUGUUCGUAACGCUACAGAGAAACAAAUAUAAAGUACAGUAUUUACAUUAAAAUGAAAAUUUUUAACAAUUGUUGCUGUAUAUAAUGUAUUUUGCAGACGUUCUCAAACUCAUUAGUAAUUUAUGGAUACGAAGGAAAUCAGCAUUAGUAUACGUACUGUAAACGUGCAUAAACUAAACUAAACUUCCGCGUUGAAUUUCUCGUUAAACAUUGAUUCCAUUUGAAUUUCUUGGUUAUGAGCCAAAUCGUUGUGAUAAUUACGAAUUGUUCUCGUCUUUCGCAGGUAAACCUGACACAGAUCCUAUAUCGUUACCAAGUCAAGAUGUUCCAACUUUAGUGGAUACUUGUAUCAAGGACAUUGCAAAAAGAUUACCUGGACAUCACCAUCCUGUAGGCAGCCUUGCACCAUUACCUCAACGUCUGUGCUUGAAAAUCGUAAAACAUUUAAUGAAAAAGAAGACAUUAACACCUAAAACCUUGACUUCCUUUGUACCUUGGUAAGCUUUACUCAAAUAUAUUUGUAAAUUUGUAUGCCUGUUAUUGCGUAAUAUUGAAAUUGUUUGUACUGAUUGUAGUUUUCAAAAUGUCGUGAAACAGCUAGUAUAUACAAUAUUGAUACAACAUAACUUAUAUCACAAUCCUGAAGCUAUAUAUGCUCUGCUACUUUACAUUGGGGUAUGCAAAUCAUGAAGGAAUGGAGUCAGUAGCUGCCAGAUAUGCACAAUGGAUCCAACUUAGGAAUCAACAGCGCGUGUGUUCUAAGGAAGCGUCUUCCAGAUCCCAGUUUGAUUUUCACGUCAUCCGUCAUAGACAGUGAACACACGUAGAAUUACAAUAACAGCUUAGAAAAUAGUAACUGGACUAGUCCGAGCUUCCACACAAAAACAAAACAUAUAUUUGCAAGCUUGGGUCCACCAACUCUGGCUGCGUGUGAUAUCACUUAUGUUAUUAUGAUAUUACUAGUCCUACCAUCAUAGAGUGCUGAGACACCAGCAAUCCAUGUAGUGCCUAGUAAAACGAGCGCCAUAGGAAGUAGGGGCUUUUCUCGAUAUACAGUAAAGGAGAAUAAUGGGCCGGAGUGAACGUCGAACGCAGUGAUAGCUCAACUGAGCAAGCGAUGCUAUACUAUUAUUAUAGCCACUUAAAGAUAACCCCGUAGAGCCUAAUGAUAUCCUAAAUGCCUUACCCAUUGCCAUUAGUAAACGCUAUAAAGACUGUCUUUAUUGAAACGCCUUGAACCUAAACAGAUCAUAAUUAAUUACCCACAACUUAGGGCGUAACAGCCCCUAUAUAUGAAACCACUGGUGCAUAGAAAAAGCCAUUACUCCCACAAAUUAUCAUACAGGCGGAACUACACCGCUACCGACGUUAACUUCCUUUAUUAUUCUAAUAAAUACAGUUCACGCGCGAAAGCUCAUUUGAUAUGCAAAAUUUAUACUAAUGUCUCUUAUUCUUCUUUCAGUCAACUGCAGCAACUUGUAUUAGAUCACUAUCUUUAUGUGACAAAUGAACUUUUCCAUACCAUAAGGUAAUUGGGUUACAAACAUCCCCAAAUUGCGUCCAUUUAUUUUAUUUAAUUCAAAGUUUUAUCAAUAUUAUAUUAUAGUUAUUCACCUAUAAAAACGAUAAUAGUAAAUGGAAAUCACAAAAAUUAUUUUUUGUUGGCAACAAAGAAUUAGACAAAUAGGACAGAGAGACAUGGUAACUAUGAAAACCACAUGUAACUAACUGUAACUGUACUAAGUACUAACUGUACUUGCACUUACUAACCAUACCAAAUUUAAUUUAAUUUCGUUGAAUCACGUCUGAGAUAUUAGACGUUCUUCUUUUUGUUGCCAUCUGAAGCACAACCAGUGACUUCAUAACACAAAAAUACAUAAUGCCCGAUAACUUGGGAACGAUAUGAGCUGGGGGGGGGGGGGAUUUCGUGUCAUAUACACUUUAAAUUUCAUAGCUCUUAGUCUCUUACACUGGAUUAUUGUUACUCCUUGAACACUAAUAAUUUAACAAGAAUCUGCUGCUCUAAUAAAUCAUAAAUGUGUAGUUAAAUCUAAAAAACGCCCUUGUUUAAUAGUGAGGGGCGUCUUUUACAAAAUUCUGAAUAGCUGUUAUCGUAAUUGUAUAUGUCUAUGCUACGGACCAGCGGUAUCUGCAUUAUUUUAACAUCGAGACGAGGCUAUAGGGUCAUGUUUUGUGUUUUUUGACCCUUUAGCCUCGUUUUCGUGCGUACUUCCACUGAGAUACCGCUGGUUCGCCGCAGCGGCGUAUUCAAUUACAAUAACAGCUAUUAACCGGGGCGUUUCUUUGAGAGCGGGGCGUUUAUUAGAGAGCGCGUUGAUUAGGUCAUUUACGGUCUUUAUGUUCAUACUUUGUGUAGGUUUUUCAAAGGCUUGACCCAUCUUAGUGUUCAAUCGUGCACAGUCUUCACUGACAAAGCCUUGGAGGCCAUCGCAGGUAAUUUUCGAUUUCAAAGUAAUUCAUUUUCGCCAGGUUUCUAAAAACAUCAAAACUAGUAGGUAAUGUAAAGGGGACGUGUGUACUCUCCAUACCACCUCCGUUGCGUCUUGUUUCUAUUGACACGAUACUCUGAUGCACUUCUAAGUGUGUUUGAGAUACAGUCGAAUCUUUAAUAUCAACGGGGAAUGUUUCAAGAUUAAGAUUAAGGUUGAGAUUUAACACAAAUCUACAUGUAGCACAAAUCUACAUGUGGAUAUGAUGAAAUGCUUUUAAAUCAGGUGUCACGCUUACCUAAUUACAUACUUCUUACCCUAUAGACUAUUUUAUCUUGUGCAACUAUUGUGAUAUUACUUUCUUAACUGUUUUUAUCCUACCCACGCUGACCCUGUCAAUGUUCCCUGUGGGAGGAAACUGGAGCACCCGGCGAAAACCCAUGACUUUCGGCAGAGCGUUGACUGACUCUCAGUUCACAUGAGUGGGCAACGAGAGAAUCGAACCCACGAUCUCGCAGGUGAAAGGCGCUUGCUGGGACGACUGCGCCACCGAAACCCUAUCAUGGCCCAUGUCUGUUUCUUAGAGGUGUCUGCUGGAUAGAGUGUUUGUUAAUUAUUAAAUAGUUGUUCCCUGUAUUAAAGUUUUUAAAUUUUAAUUCUAUUUGUUUUGUAGGAUUGAAGAAAAUAAUCCACUUGGAUUUCAGUAAUUGUACCCAGCUCACGAAUAAGUGUUUGAAGCAUUUAAAAAGUAUGUGAAUCCGUCGAAACUUUUCGUAAGUUACAAUAUAUUGUGUCAGCUUUACUUUGUAUGAUAUUUCAUCGAAACAUGUUCUCUAACCAAAAUUGCCUUCGUCAGCCACAGUGAAUAGAAAAAACUACAAGUAUUUAUUCCUGUUGCGGGGACUUAAAAAAUAGGCGAACUUCGACGUUUCGAGCGACGUCGGGAAGUUAAUAGUGGGGGUCGUGAUACUAUAUACCAACACUGGCACAGACCGUACGAGAUUUAUUCCCGUUCACUAUUUUUCUGUAUUUUCUAUUACCGACAUUGAAAGCCACGGGAAGGUGUUUAAAAGCUGGUAAAUAGGAAUUUAUGCAGACGCGUAUGGGCGGGGGGGGACAUGCCCCCCCCCCCAAAUUUUUACGGUCGGGCAAAAAUCAAUACGACAUUCGGAAAUGUCCUGAAAAAAAUUUUGUAUCUUUGCGAAAAUUACGUGUGUUAGGAAAAAUUUUUUGAUAUGUCCGGCAAAAUUUUCGUAUGUUUGUAGAAAAGUAUUUGGUAUGUCCGGAAAAUUUUUUUUGGUAUGUCCUGAAAAUAUUUUUUGUGACCCCUCCCCCCCCGCUCGCCAACAAUUUUGGGGAGAAAUAUUAAUGUUCAGUUUGCCUGUUCGGGCAAACUAUAUACUGGCCCGUACGCCCAUGAAUUUAUGGUCCGAGAAGGUGUAAUUUUACGACCUGUAAUCAAGUGAGCUGAUCAGUAGCCUAUAACCAUUCAUCUUUUGAAUUCUUUCUUCAGCGCAUAGAAACCUCGAAACUCUCAAACUUGAUAAUACCAAGGUAAAGUACGUAACCCUAAGACAUUCGUAGAACACCGAAAAACCGACAAUAUUUUUUAGAAUUAAAAUAUUUGGUUCCCUCACAGGUGACUGAUGAAGGUUUAUGUCCACUCUUCAAGGAUUCAGAAUGGAACAAACUUCAUACUCUGAGCCUGAGCAAAACUGCUGUUUCGAACAUAACUCUUCAGGCUUUGCAAGGUACCGCGAGGAGAAUACUCUCUGUCAUGUAGAAUACAUUCAAUCAAUAUUAUGGAUAACUGUAAAUUUUAUUACGAGUACGCUAACACGGAUACAUGCAUGCAAUAUUGCAGUAAUUCGUUUUUUGUGCGUCAGUAAUGCUAUAUUUUGCUGUUGCCAUUUCCUGUUUACUCGUGAUGACCACAAGAAAUACGGUGUGACUGGCGCUAUAGCGACGUUUUGUCAACACUGGCGUCAGAUUGCCGAAGGGGGGGGAUGAAAACUGUGUUUGUGUCAGUUUGUGGUAAUCUUCAACACAUAUGACAAAACAUAAGAUUUUUAAAGUUUUUUUGCUUUCUUGCAUGAGCGCUAUAAUGCAAAAUGCCGCCAAAAUUAGUUAUACGAAUUUUCGGGUGACGUGCGUGUUGACAAAAACGUCGCUUGCUUAAGCUCACGAAUAGACCUUCGAAUUGCUUACGUCACGCAAUUUUUAAUACAGAGGACGUCUGAGUUCUGGAAUGCACAGUGCAUUGUGGGAUACUUUUGGGAUUCAUUGUUUGAAAAUUACGUAAGCACUUCUAAGGUUCAUUGAUAUGCGCUAUUUGACUGGUUUAGAAAAAAUGACGCGAACUAAAAGACUUGAAAGACACGCCUUCGAAACAAAGAAAAUUCUUCAUGCAAAGUUGCAAACAUGCUCUCAAUCUUGAACUGAAAUUGAGAUCGCGUCGUUGCCUCGUUGUCUUUUCUAAGUCUGUCUAUUAUUAAUAUGUCUGGUGUGGUCUACUUUGCUGAAAUUCAUAUACUGUAUGGAGGAAUGUGGAGGUUAUACAAUUAUCAUUUAUAGACUCUUCGCUCGGGGGAUUCGGCGAAAUAUUACCCUCAGUGAUGAUAUUUCCCUCGGGGCCCCGAGGGAAAUACUGUAUCAUCAUGGAGGGUAAUAUUUCGCCGAAUCUCCCGAGCGGAGGGUCUAUAAAUGAUAUAUUAUAUCGAAAAUUAAAAGCCUCCAAGUUGAGAAUAUAAAACUUUCCACAUUCUUCGUGAAUACGAUGUUUUAUUUUUGGAUUAACGCAAGUAUCGUCGCUUUUCUUUCGAAUCACAUAUCGUUUGGAAUGUUAAUGACAACAUUUUUCAUAAUUUGCUUCAAAAUUGAAAAAACCCCAGGUGUUUUUACGUUUAAAAUUUAAUUAUUCAUCCUUACUAUUAUUUUGUCGGCCAUCUUAUUGUCAUGCGUGUUGUCUCGCGUGGUCUACGCGAAUAAUGUUCAACCCCAUGUUCCCCGGGGAACAUGGGGUGGAACAUUGUCAAAAGGAACGCAGGCUCGCUAAUUGAUGACGUAAGGCGUGAUAUCGUGAUUAAUUUCAUGCUCACGUGCCACAAACUGAGCUUUCUGAUUGGACAAUUUGAAGUUGAGGUAUAAUAUUGUAAUCUGUUUCUCGGCGUCCUACUUAUAGAUGAUGUUUUGAUGCAAAGUUAAAUGUUAUUUGUGCACAGGAAUGUUUGAAAUAAAUUACCCUUAAUUAAAAUUCUGUUUAGCAAAGAAUCUGAAUGACCUUCAUUUGGAGCAAACCAAUGUAAGUGAUUUGUGUUAGAUAUGGGAACAUCGGGGUCGUUUGUAUAAAAAAGUAGUUAAAUGUAACUACUAUUUAACUACAAAAUGGGCAGUUAAGCAAGCUUUAGUUUAACCCAGUUUAGCUUAUUAGAACUCCAAAUUCGUCACACAAAUGUAUAACUUACAUGAUUAAAAACUAAAGAGAUCAAGGAAGAAAGAUAGGCGAUAAGAAAGAACACAGGACAAAAUGAACUUAUAAUAUAUGUACUAUUUAAAACACGAGUAGGAGUGUUUUAUCAGAUAUAAAACGCGAGGCGCAGUUAUAUAAUGCCACAUGUGUUUUAUCAGAUAUAAAGUCACUCCACGUGAUAUAUUAUGGCUGACAUGAUUUGCCAAGGUUUAUGAAUUAUUAAUGAGUAUUUUAAGUACUAUUUACAGACCUACAGUAAUGUGUUUUGGAAAACCCUGGAAAGUGAAAUAUUGUAGUCAGUGCAUUAUGUAAUUUGUGUUAAGGUAUCGGAAUUGCAAGCGCUAGCAAGUUUGACUUGUUUAGCUCGUUUGAACGUUGGUGGGACAAGAAUAACCGAUCAAAGUUUGUUGUGUCUGAGAAACCAUCCUUCACUUCAGAAACUUAACUUACAUCAAACACAAGUCACUGAUCAGGGUCUUGCUCAUCUUGCGGGUAAGUGGUGCACAUUUAAAGGACGUCAUAUAAGGCUCGUUCACACGAUCCAAUGUGUCAGAUCCGAUCACCGUUAAACUGACCUCCCGAGAGUCGGAUCCGUCAUUCUGAGAAAUGGGACCGAAAUAGAACCUGCUCUAUUUCCAUCCAACAAGAUGGAAAGAAUCCAAUCUUAGACCUAAACAUGCCACCUCUAGCACCUGAUUGCGAGUUAAACAUUGGUAAAAUCGGAUUGUCUCAGCAGGCAUCCGGUACAAUUGGAUCCAACAAAUCCGAUUGUGUAAACGAGCCUUUUGGCAGUUAAAGCUUGAAGUUGAGUCUUAACGUCGUCGUUUAAUUAACUAUAUUUAACAGAAAAGUGGCUCACGAGCCGCCGAGGCGAGCGGGUCACUUUUAGUUCUUCCCUCAUUAUGACGUCAUACUGUGUAUCUAUAAUUGAACAGGCAACGGCAAAAUCUUAUCUAUUUGUUUUAUAUAAUAAAAAGAAACCCCCCGAAUUAAACAAGUAAAUAGCUUACUUUUUAUCCACCCAAACAUUUGGAAAUUUGAAAAAGUCGACAUUUUACAAAUAUCACGCGUACAUGACCAAAACAAAUAAGAGAAUGCUAUUGGCUACCUUAAUUGUGACGUAAUUCCGUGCGUCUGUCUUCUAAUAGAUCAUGGCUCUCGACCAAUGAAAGCGCUUGAAUUGUUAACGUUAUUAUAUAAAAGAGUAUAGACUUAGUAUGGAAUUAGUAUUUGAUAGAUAUGGAAGAGGUUUAGCUUUGAAGUAUACUAUAUGCAUUGGUUAAUCAUCAGGUAGAUUAUACGUAUCUGAUGGUAGUGGAAGUCAAAUCUGAACAUCUCUAUUUUAACUGCAUGCAUGUACCUUAUUACUGUAGCUGCUUCUGGCAAUGAAAGAUACAGCCAGUGAUAAUUAUGCUAUUGUGCAAUUGCUGAGACGUUUAUACUAUGGUUCUUGAAUUCUUGAAAGAUCAACAAAGCAUAACCGGUCGCAGGCCAGUUGCAGAAAUGCAUGGCACAACGGUGUAUUUCUCCUGGAGAAUCCGUACCCGCUAACCCGCACGUGCUUUCUGGAACUAUCUUGUAGUGUGAGAUCCUUGCAUUUAUGUACUCUUUUUAAUCUGUAUAUAGGUUUGCAGCUGGUGGAACUCUGUCUUCCCAAUAGACUAAACAUAACAGAUGUUGGGAUAUCAUAUCUUCAAGGUACAGUAUGCAUGCAUGUAAUUUUAUUUAUGUGCAUGGAGGUAGCCAAUGACUUUUGGAGUUGUUAGCCCGUAUAAUCACAGGUUCACAUAUAGCUCUACUAUGUCCACAUGAUUUUGGAGUUGGCCAUGCAACUUCAGAUUUCUUAAUUCAAUUGAGUUGUGAAGUUUGAAGCGUAUAUUUUGAAUUUUGAGUUAGGCCCUUAGACUAUGGAGGCACUGUAGUAUCGCUCUAUGGCUUCCUAACUUCGGCCAUGCAGGUACCAUAGAUGUACAGUAGGAGGCAGGGGGAGCAGCUGUCCCCCUCCAGAAAAAAUGUUGGGCAAAUUAUAAACGUAAGUCGGGAAAGAUGGGGGAGAUUAAUUUGAAAGGAGGAAAUAAUGUAAGAUUACAGUCGCAUACGCCUAUGCAUGGUACAAUACCUUUUGAUAGUGCUUAAACAUAUACAAUCCCAAAUCAUCAAUUGAUUAUGGAUUGCAUAUGCUGAUCAUCAAACUGCAUUGCAAAUGCUGAUCAACCCGUUUUCCACAAAGUAAAUUUGUUCACACGAAGCUAGGCAAAAAACAAAUGUUGGCAAUGUGAAACAAAGCAACAAAGCGACAACGACGGGCGGAACGUACUCGUCCAGAUAAAUGAUUGUAGUCUACUUUACUGUUCUAAGCACACCGUGGAGAACGUAUAAAACUCCCGUUGGAUUUUAAUUAUUCAUUUCUUUUCGUAAAUAUUAUGAAUUGUAUUGUAUAUGUAGCCGUCGUCGUUGCGUUGCCAUCCUACAUCGUAAAGACCGUUUUCCACCAGGUGAAAUAGUUCGCGCGAAGCGAAGCGACAAGUAAAAAAGUAGGAAAUGAUCCAACUUUUUCCUGGCAAUUUUUUUUUUGCUGACCGAUUACAUUGCCGAAAUUUGUUUUUCGCUUCGCGCGAACAAAUUUGUUUGGUGGAAGACGGGCUUAAGGUCUAGUAAAAAAUCUGCUUAAAUGUUUAUAUUUGCAUAUACAGUAAUUAUAAUUAAUAGUUAUAAAAUAUUGAGUAAUAUUCUAUUAUCCAUGCAUGGAUAAAUUAAUGAACGUUUAAAUAUAGAUUUGCCGCUAACGUCUAUGGAUCUUACUGAUUACGUCAAUAUAACUGAUGAGGCGCUGAGGACAGUUGCACAACUGACAAGGUAACUGUUUGCAGUAUUCACUGACCCUUGCGUGUGACGUCACGUAAAAAGGGGGAAAUUGUUUGACUUAUACACGGCAUGAAUUAGCCGUCAAUUUCCCCCAAGUUUACUUCGAUAGAGCUCCAAAUAAUCGCUUUCAUUGACUUGCUUAAUACGAAUUCAGAAAGGCCAUUUUCUGGCGAAUUCAGACGGUGGUUUCCUCUGCUUUCUGUAGUGCCCAACAUUAGUAGUGAGCUUAAGCAAAUGACGUCAACACGGACGUCAUGACUGCAUUUUGCAUCAUAAAGCAAAAACUUUAAAAAUCUUAUAUUUUCUCAUUUGUGUUGACGAUUACUCAAACUAACAAAAAAGUUUUUUAUCCAGUCCCCCUUCGGCAAACUGACGUCCGUGUUGACAAAAACGUCGCCUCCCCAAAUGAUAUUAAACUGUUUAAAUUUAAUAUGCUUAAUAUACUGCCUACAGGCUUACACGAUUGUCCUUAAGUAAAACCAAGAUUUCAGAUAAUGGGAUGCAACUACUGUCAGGUAAGCGCUUCUUUAAUAUUCAACUCAAUUCAAGUACCUGGUGAGCAUUACGAUCUUCCUUAAUGCAGGUCUCGUCAGUUUAAGAGAACUUGAUCUGGAACGAACAGCAGUCGGUGAUGAUGGAUUGGAUGUUCUUUCAUGUAAGUUUUCUUUUUAUACAUUUUUUGCUGAAACUUUUUUAUAAUUCCAUUACAAACUAUGAUCUUGUAUUUAUCUUCUUUAGUACUUUUAUUAAAAAGCACUAACUUAUGGAACAGUAAGCUAGACCAGUGAGACCUGUUCUGUGUCGGUUGCAAGCGUACGGUUAAUUGGGCAAUGUAAAACCGUCAAAAUUAGCAAGUUGUUAUCAGCCGUGUCAAUCAUAUAAUAGUGCCAAUCAUUCUAAAUUUUGAUUUCUGGAUAAUUUUCUAGCUAUGACGUAUAUACGGUGUACUGCACUACUAAUAUAUCUCAAUUCUUCGAUAAUCCCGAGAAAAUGGCACCCUUUGGUCUAUCUGACCAUUUUACGAUAUCGCUUUUUCCAAAGAUCAGAAAUAUUAAUACGAAUAGACCAAGAGUAGUUAAAUCACGUGACAUUAGAUCAAGCAACAAAAUGGCCCUUGGGAGAGUUCUUUCAACAAUUGAUUGGUCGUGUUUGGAUCUAAUUAACUCUUGUGAGGGAAAGGUUGACUUUUUUAACAAAAUUGUAUCUGAUUCUCUUAAUUUAAUCAUGCCGAUAAAAAUCAGGACUAUAGGCCUACAUAAUAAUGAUGCCCCCUGGAUGUCCGACAAACUUAAACGUUAUCGAUUAAGAAUCGGCAGCGAGCCUUACAAUCAGGGAACAGUAUUGAAUUUAAAUAUUAUCGCAAUGUAGUUAACAUGGAACGAAAGAAAUGCAAGUCCUCCUACUAUGAUUGCAAGAUUAAAAACCUGAAACAUGUUAAGCCUAGGAACUGGUGGAGUGCAGUUAAAAAAAUAAGUGGAAUGGAUACAAUCACCAAAUCUGAUCUUCGCUCCAAUUUACAAAUUGAUGACCUCGAUAACUUAAGUGAUAUCGAGGUUGCAAAUAAAAUUAAUGACAAGUUUCUGGAACCACUCCAAGAGUUUCAACCGUUGCAAAUCACAGUACCAAACAACGACUCCAUUUCAAAUGUCCUCACAGUGUCUGAACUGGACGUCUGGAAUUGUUUAAACUCACUCAAUCCCUGAAAGUCAGGUGGGCCUGAUAAUAUCCCGUCUUGGGUUCUUAAAAAAUAUGCAAUGAUUCUCUCAUUACCAGUGAUGAAAAUCAUAAACAGUUCCUACACUGAAAACAAACUACCCCCAAUUUGGAAGCAAGCAAAUAUCAUCCCAGUCCCAAAGGUGACGCCAGCUCAUGACAUUAACCAACAUCUUAGACCCAUUUCGUUAACUCCUCUACUUUCUAAAGUCGCCGAAGAAUUCGUGGUUAUUAAGCAUUUAAAACCCGCAAUCCUUAAAGUUUUAGAUGUAAAUCAAUAUGGUGUUAUUCCCGGCUCGUCCACAAACCAGGCGCUUAUUAAAAUGAUUCAUAAAUGGUCGGAGAAAACAGACGGUGCUAGAGCCUCAGUAAGGAUUGUUUUGGUUGAUUACCAAAAAGCUUUCGAUUAUGUAGACCACACCAUCGUCCUAUCUAAACUGAAAUCCCUCGAAAUCCCUGAUUCCACUGUUAGUUGGAUUGCAGAUUUCCUGAGUGACAGACAACAACGAACCAAAUUGGGACACGACUGUUUUUCGGAGUGGGGGAAUGUCCCAGCUGGUGUCCCUCAAGGAACCAAGCUGGGUCCGUGGUUAUUUAUAUUGAUGAUAAACGAUCUAAAAACACGUUGUUUAGACGAGGUAAAAUUCGUAGACGAUCUAACGGUAUAUGAAACAGUAACCAGAUUUGGUUCAAGUGAUAUCCAACAUGCAGUGUCCGAAAUUGAAGAGUGGUCCGAGUCAAACCUUUUCAGAUUGAAUGAAAACAAAUGCAAAGAAUUGCGGAUAGACUUUGCGAAAAAUAGAAAUCCCUUUCCUCCUAUUAAAAUUAAUGGUAAACCCUUACAAGUGGUGGAAGAAGCAAAAUUACUGGGUCUUACUAUCGCGAACAAUUUGAAGUGGAAUAGUCAUGUCAAUAACAUAGUGACAAAAAGUUCCAAAAGGAUUUACCUUUUAGUGCAGCUGAAACGAGCAAAAGUCGCAAUUCAAGAUGUUUUACAAUUCUAUACCGUAUGUAUCCGCCCCAUUCUGGAAUACGCUUCCACUGUUUUCCACUACUCUUUACCUAAAUACUUGAGUGAUGAAAUUGAACGAGUACAAAAACGGGUUCUUCGAAUUGUAUAUCCGAACUUACAUUACGAAGAUGCAUUGAUGGAAGCUGGGAUGGAGUCAUUGUACGCUAGAAGGCAAAUUGCCUGCAAUAAACUUUUUAAUCAAAUUUUAAAUAACCCGAACCAUAAACUUCAUAAUUUAAUCCCUAAAAUAGAUACUUCAUUAAAUUACCAAUUACGAAACAACAAGAAGAUACAUGUUCCGAAAUUCUAUACUGAACGUUUUAAGAAUUCGUAUGUUAUCGCUAGUUGUUUAGACAUAAAUAAUCGUAAUUCAACAAAUUAGUGUUAGUUUUAAUAUUUAUAAUCUUCUUAGUAAGCCAUAGCAUAGGUUGUAAUUUUUUAAAUGUAAUAUAAUUUGUAUUCAGUCUUAUUUAUAUUGUAAUCGCUUACCAAUUCAGUGUUUGUACUGCAAAAAGUGAAUUAUUAAACAAUCUAUCUAUCUAUCUAUCUACUACCCCUGGCCAUAAAGCAUCUUUGAUGCUUGAACUAUAACGUUAUUACAGUAAUUAUUGUUGUAACAAAUAAAAUUACUUUAUAGGCUUGGGUAGACUUGAAGAACUCAAUCUUUCUGGAACGAGGGUCACCGAUGAUGGUUUAUCCUCUGGAAAACUGAACUUCUUAAGUUUAUUGUGUAAAUUAAAUCUCAGUAGAACAAAUGUUUCUGAUUCUGGUGUUGCAAAUCUACAACUUCCUGAAUUAACUUUGCUAAAUUUGGACUGGACUUUGACAACUGAGCAAUGUCGAAAUUUACUGGGAGGUAAGUCAAGUGGGUUUUCUUUCGAUUUUCUUUUUCGUUUUACUUCAUUUUCGUGCAUACAAGCACUGUUUUUGUUUACCCGGAGGUUGCGGCAAAUUUCAAAGAUAACGUUUCAUGUAUAUCCUUGUAAACUCAUUAGAAAUGAACAAUGAAAAUGUUUCGGGUAUCGAGCCAUGUUAUAUAUCGCAUUGGCUACCGCGCUUAAUCUGCCGACAUUUUCUUCCCAUGUAUUUUAUUUUUCAUCCCUUAGGAGUAUGUUAAAAAAGUGUAGAGUCGAAUUCGACAGAGUAGAAUUCGAAAGUUUCGACAAAAAUUGCCUUUUAGUUACAAGUAAUAGUGGUUGUCUCUGCUGAUAAAUCAUAAAACCACGAGUAUUUGUAACUAGUUAACAUAUAUGAAUUGGUUCAUUUAACAAGUUGUCUUCCAACAUUCGCGUCCGUGUUGUAUUGAAUAUAUAUAUAUAUAUAUAUAUAUAUAUAUAUAUAUAUAUAUAUAUAUAUAUAUAUAUAUAUAUAUAUAUAUAUAUAUAUAUAUAUAUAUAUAUAUACUGUAUAAAUCACUCACUCGGCUUCAACUUCAUAUAAUAUGAUUUCAUAGAUGUCUUCAUGAUUUCAUAGAUGUCUUUUCACGUGUGAGCUGUUUCAAUCACACAUAUGUAAAAUUAAUGGGGAGGUGCAAAAUUAUCUCUCCAAAGCGGGGGAAGGGGGGAGAGCUUGUUCAAACUUCAGGAGGAGGUGCAAAAUCCACUCUCCAAAGGGGGGGGGGGGGGAGAGGGGGGCUUUAGUCUAUACUAAGUGGGGAAAUGUACAGUACAAUAAACUAGGACAUUAUACAAUGUAGACCCUUGCAACGUACCUUUCUCUAAGAACCUUUGGUGAACCUUUAUUACCAUACCUUUAUUACCAUUUGGUGAACCUAAUACCAGGCCGCAGGCAGUGUCAUAGAAUGGCCUUGGUCUUUUCGGGUUUGUUUUUUUUGGUUGUCGCAAGUGUGACUUUCUAUUGCGGCAUCGUGGGCUCAGGAUUUCGCAAUUUAGCUAAAACAUGUUCACGUGAUUACGACAUGGAUUAGGAUUGGAGUUAGGACCAGUUCUACACAAUGUUAAUUAGAACGAGUUUCGUAUUUAACUACGUUACAAAUCUUAGACGCUGUAAUUGUGGGACGUAUUUUAAUAUAUUUCAUUGCGCAUACACUUGAAAUUUUUCUGUGUUUUUCGAUAAGAUAUCGCUGAACUCUAUUGGUUUUGUAUGGAUUUUUAUUGUGCCGUACUCUGAAUGUUUGUGAUCAUGAAGUGACGGCCGUCAAAAAAAUGAGGAACACCUAUAUAUUUCAAAUUAUUUUUUAGAAUAUUGCGAUGGUAUUUUACCAUCCGCGAAGGCCAGUGCAUGUGAACGCCUGAGCAGGCGUCUUGUUUUCAUAUGUGAAAGAAUACGUGAAAAUCAAAUUUCAUAUUUAAAAAUAUAUGAAAUGUGCAUGUUCACAUGUGGCAUGUUCCAAUUCCAGAUAUUGUUCCACAUAUACAUGUGGAAUAAUAUGUGAAAUUUUCAUAAGAGAUAGGAUCCAGGCUACAAGAGUACUUCAUUGUUCAUUAUGUGUAUUCCGAGUUGACGUCACACUCUAAAAUUUAGACAGAAAUUCAAAAUAGAAAUAUUAAAUACAGAGAGAUUUAUCUUACAAUGUUUUCGCUGCAUUUUGGAAACUAAGUCAGAACUGUGAAUUCUAUAAAAUUUACUUUUCAGCUGUUCCUUUUUAUAUAUGUUCACUCGACCACAAUAAUGCACAAAUAACUUUACAAUGAGACGGUAUAUCGAAAUCUGCAUGUAUGAACUCUAUGAUGAAUUUUUUCAGGUUGUCCGCAACUUCAAGCCCUUCGACGUCAAAACUGUCGAACUGAAAAUCGUCUGGGAGAAAUGUAACGGUGAAGUAUUUUUAUAUUGUUGGAAUCGUAUUUUAUAGUAAAUUAUCAAUAAAGGGG